AAAGACUCCUUGAAUCCUUCAUGCAGCCUAGACCCACGAUAAGAGCGGCCUGCUCCCGGCCGGGGCGUCGGACUCGACAACAAACCCACGUCGACCCAACGACACGACCACCGAGAUGUUGUUCUCAAGCCUCCUGCUGACCGCCACGGCCGCGGCCGCCGUUGUCAUAAUCCCUGGCGGCGGCGACCCAAAGCCCUACACCGGUGCCGUCGGCCUCACCUCGGAAAAUGCCUACUUCCGCGAGUCGGCCCCCUACGAGUUCUACAACAACAGCGCCGAGCUCAUCAUGACCUCCCUUUCCGUCACCAACAUGUCGACCGCCCCUGGUCUCCGCCCCUCCGGCGACUCAUUCGUCCGCGGUGCCAUCCAGGCCUGGGGCGAGCACCUGCACCUCGUGGUCCGCCCGGACGAGGUGUGGUUCACCAUCCUGGUCCAGAUGAACUUCUACAUGCUCUCACACGCCGAGGAGAUCCGCUCGCUCUUCGUCGACCACGAGGGCCAGGAGGAGAUCUACAUCAAGGACUACACCUGGUACGACGUGCUGAUCCGCUUCAAGGACGAGAUCCAGAAGCGCGUCAAGACGGACUGGCUGCUCGACUGGAUCACGCCCAACUUCUCCACCACCACCGACAGCGACAUCAUGACGGCCAACAUCCUCAUGAUGGGCCUCAGCAAGGCCUACUUCAAGUACAUCGGCAAGCAAGUCUGCGGCUUGCCCUCGGUCACCCUCCUCGGCACCCAAGCCGACUGGGACAAGCUCGUCGCCAAGCUCGACCGCCUCCCCGACUUCGGCGCGGAACCCACCGAGUACAAAGCCCGGCUGCGGCCCAUCCUCACGCGCAUCGCCGCCUCCUUCGCCGACCCGGACUCGGCCGAGACCCGCCUGUUCUGGAACCAGAUCGUCAACGCGCAGGCCUCGCACAUGUGCGGCGACCCGCCCGUGUACGUCUCCGGCUGGAUCACGGGCUUCUACUACUGGAACGACAACGGCCAGCCCUUUGCCCGCGACAGCGCUCGUGACUUCCAGGCCCGCCUUACACUGGAUGAGGUCCAGUACCCCGUGCUGGAUCUCUCCGUCGCGCCGGUUGGCUACGCCCGCGCGCCGUUUAUCAUGAAGGAUUUUAGGGAGAUGGAUGAGUUCCCCGCGUAUGUGGCGGCGGGGGGGCUGGGGAAGCAGAUUACGGAGGGCCCGCCUGAGGGGUAUAGGGAGGCGCUGGAGCGGAGUGGUGGGGAUGUGAAGCUGGCGGAGGACGAGACGGUUCAUGGCACGCUGAGGCCGCUGAGUGGUUGGAUGUUGUAUGGGCCUGUUGACCAUGCGUCGACGCAGGCGCAGCAUCUGGAGGAGGAGGAGCUGAUGGAGAUUAUGUUUUAUACGAGGCAGGGCAUGACGGAGGAGACGUGUGGGUUGAUGGAGGCACCGUGAGUGACCAGGGGUUGGAUUGGGAAGGGAGAGUGGUAUGCCUAGGUUUCAUUUGAUAUCUCUGGGACGGUCUUUAUUAGGAGAAACGUAGGGGCCAAUGCCAAUACCGAGCUACAUGUAGGCUUUCGACUAAAACCGCGGCGGCUGCAACAAGCAAUACCUGAUGCGGUAGCCCCGUCAUAGCAUCCUUGCGCAGUGCACCUACGACAGCAUCUGUGUACAUAAACGGGAUGUGAUGGCCAAGCUAAGAGGG